AUGUAUUCCAAUCACUCAACUGAUCCCAGAAGACCGGACAAAGAGCACAGGUACAAACCAAAAGCUGUCAAUAGUGAUAAUCAAGCUCUAACACCUGGUGAAGACUUGACGUCUGACUAUAUGAAUAUUUUGGGCAUGAUUUUGAGCAUGUGUGGAUUAUUAAUGAAGUUUAAAUGGGCAGCAUGGUGUGCUAUGUUUUGUUCAUGUAUAAGCUUUGCAAAUUCUAAAGCGUCUGAUGACAACAAACAAAUCUUUAGCAGUUUCAUGCUUUCCAUGUCAGCAAUUGUAAUGUCUUACUUACAAAAUGCACAUCCAAUGUCACCACCAUGGUCUACAGCAUUUGGAUAA